UCAUGUCUUGAGACUUGUAUGGCGCUCGGAGAGAACAGUACCAAUAAAGAUGAUUAUCUUGAACUAUUAUGGAAUUGUAAGCAUGACAUCUCAGAGUUGCAUGUGUUACUUGGAGACUACGAUAAGGGUAUACAGUAUCAACAAGAAGCACUUGAUGAUGCACGCAAAGAGGGCUCAAAUUCCAAACAGGCAAAGUCCCAUUUGAGCCUAGGAGAAGUCUAUUAUAACCUUAAACAGUUUGGGAAUGCAGAGAAGUCAUUGAAAGAUUCGUUAAGGUGCUAUGAAUUGAUAUUUGUUGGUCUUAAGCAAAACGAUCGUUUCAAAAUAGCUUUCGUUGAUAAAUACAAAGAGACUUUCAAGCUGCUUCUGAAGGUUCUUAUUGAAACAAAUAAGAAAGAAGAAGCUCUGCUAUUGUCUGACCACUAUCGUGCAAAAGCCCUGAAAGAUCUCCUUGUUUCAAGCUACGGAAUGAAGAAAGAACAAACUGCUGAUGAGGGUUUACAGUACGUCGAUGUCCAGUCUCUUGUCUCCAGCAGUAACUACACUCUUCUGUUUUAUUCAACGUGUUUUGAAGAUUUGUACACUUUUGUAGUAGAGGCAGGAAAAGAGCUUGGAUUUUCAGUCCAGCAUAUUGCAUACUGUGACUCAUGCCUAGACAAGCUGGUUGAUAAAACAUUUGACGAUAUGAAAGUACGUCAAGUAAUCCACUGUGAGGACAGAUCAUUAGACAACAUGCACUACUCUGAAGAAAACAAGAAUCCAAAAGAUGAUGAAUUAACGCAGGUGUUGAUUCAACAGAGAGAAAAGAGAUUAUCAGAACAAUGCCGUUCUAUUUGUGAAUGCAGAGGAAACCCAUCAGAAAACUGCGAUAAGAGCAGCCUGACCAAUGGCCUGGAAAUAUUGUACAACAAAUUAAUAAACAAUAUCAAGUGUUUAAUUAAACAAGACGAAAUGGUCAUUAUUCCUGAAGGUCCCUUGUGCAGAUUACCAUUUGCUGCCCUACGGGACCCAGACACGGGACAGUAUUUGUCUGAAAGAAUGCGGAUUAGAAUGGCUCCUUCAAUGGCAUCUUUAAAGUUCCUCCAAGAAUACCCAGUGGAGCAUCACUCCAGAAAAGAAGCACUGAUCAUUGGCGCUGCCGUCCUUGGUCCGGUAAUGUUGGAUGGAGUUGAAACUAAAAUUCCGUUCUUAGAUGGCAUAAUAGAAGAGGCAGAUGAAAUAGCUACCAUGCUUGGAGUUCGGCCGUUAUUGUCAGCUCUCGCUACGAAACCCGUUGUCAUAAAGAGACUACGAGAAGGAGCGUCUGUUGUUCACAUUGCUGCGCACGGUAGCCUGGAAAAGGCCACCAUCGUACUUGCUCCUUCUCCUGAGAUAAGAACAACAAGAAUCCCAGAUGAAGAAGAUUACAUGCUGACCAUGGCUGAUGUACAGCAGACUCAAGUACGUGCACAGUUAGUUGUGUUAAGCUGCUGUCACAGUGGGCGUGGUAAGAUUAAAGCUGAAGGUGUAGUUGGCAUGUGUCGCGCCUUUCUCGCGUCAGGUGCUCGUGCUGUGGUGGGUUCCCUGUGGGCCAUCGAUGACGAUGCUACUUUGAUGUUCAUGAAAACGUUUUACAAGUAUCUGAAGGACGGCAAGAGCGCAAGUACAAGCCUACAUCUGACGAUGAACGACAUGAGAAAAACGCCACAAUACAGUGAACCAAAGUAUUGGGCUCCUUUCUUUUUGAUGGGAGAUGAUGUAACGAUCCAGUUCAAAGAUUAGCACAGUAAAGAUGAGAUUAAAACAUUUGUGGAGGAAAUUUUCCUUUGGACAUUAUUUCCAUAAACAGUGAGUAAAAUAUAACAAUUAUCAAGUUUAAAGAUUCAAAGGAUUAACAGUAUGUAUUCACUUUAGUGCAAAACCUGUUUUAGUUGGGAGGAGCGUAGAUCAAGAACACGGAAGCGAGGUCAGAGAGGCAAAGAGAAUAUAAUGUUCAAGAUUCUUACAUUCUUACACGUAUUAUUUUCUUAGUUUCCGCGGUUAUCAUCAUGUCAGUACCUCACAGCUAAAAGGGUUUUGCUACUGUAUAUAUGAAAUAUUUAGACCUAUACGUAUACAUAUCACCUAGUCUAGCACACCGACCGAGUUAACUCUAUUGAUAGGUACCUUCAUGUAACCAAUAUUGAAUGACAUGUGACUGUGAAGGUGUGAGGUGUGAGUUGUAGAGUACCUGAACUAGCUCAUGGUAUGUUGGGGGAAAUCUUAACUAUUAAUAAGAAAAGUUGGUUCAUUGAACUAAUCUAAUUUAGUCUCAAGCCCUAUUCUUCCAUCUAAAAACGUCAAUGUUUUUUCUGUACAUAGAUACAACUAUAUUAUUGAUUCUUUCCGUUCGUUGAAACGAUUUAUUAGCAUGGCAAAAUCGUUUUUGGAUUGUGGUCCAGCUUGGGUGCACAAAUCUUUAACUCACCUUGCAUUACAAUGAGGUACUCGUACCCAAGCCAGACAAGAAUGAUUCUGUUUAGACUUCAGGAGAAAAUAACUUUUCAAUAACUUCAUUUGUAGCUGAGUAACUUUCAGUUGACCCUCCAAAGUUCAAAGGAAGACUGGUAUCGAACUAGUCGUGCAUAGUAUUUUGGGAAUAAAUGUGGGGGCGAAAACGUCCGGCAUCUUACGUCCCCCAUUUAGCCCCAUAAUCCUUUUCACUUUAAGAGGGUUACAAGUCUUUCUUCAAAUUUCAGAAAAGUGAGGUCAACUGACCGUAUAACUCGUAGAAUAAAACACAAACAAGUUUUUUUCUUUAGAUAUAGAGGGGUUUUACGACAGCCAUGUUGUAGGGUAGGAACAAUACAAUGUCUUUAUCUGACAAGAGAUUUCAUUUCCCAAAGAAGAACAUUCUUAUUGCUGUUCGUUACAACAUAUGUUUGCCGUUAAGCCCCUCUGUUGGUUUUAUUUCAAAACAAAAAUAUACAAAAAUAUAAUAUACACACUUUAUAUUCGUUAGGUUUUACAAGCCAAUGCUUCGUAUAUAAAAAAUUGUAGAAAGAAUAAAUAGUGAUAAAAAUAAUUGCGUUGAGCGUAUCAAGGCUUUGAGUUUGUUUUUGUUAUUUUGACUUUAUUAUUAAACUAGUCAGUUAUUGAAUUACCUUGAAGCGUUAGUUUGGUUCUUCAUUUUAUCUAUUAUUAAAUAUUUAACAAAAAUA